AUGAGACUUCUAGCACGUUCAUUUGGUAGGCCAAGGAUAUCUGCCAGUCGCAAUGGCAUUGCGACUGCAUCGGGAAGGCGCCAUUUGACCAACAAUGGCUUCUUCCGUGUCUCGGAGGAGGUGCGCGAAGCUCUACACUCCAAAAAGCCCGUCGUCGCGCUGGAGACGACAAUCUACACUCAUGGCUUUCCCUACCCUGAGAACGUAGCCCUCGCAUCCCUCCUCGAAAGCGUAGUCCGAACGAAUGGCGGCAUCCCAGCUACUAUUGGUAUUCUAGACGGUGUAGCACGUGUAGGCAUGGAUCCAGAAGAGCUGAUCAAGCUGGCUUCUUCUGCUGGUAAUCCAAACACAAUGAAGCUCUCGCGACGAGACCUCGGCUAUGUAUGCGGUAUGCGACUGACCGACAAGUCCUUCAAUGACGGUACAACUAUAUCAGGCACUAUGCUGCUCGCUCACCUCGCUGGCAUUAAGAUCUUUGGAACAGGUGGCCUUGGUGGGGUUCAUCGCGGCGCUGAGUCAAGCAUGGAUAUUUCUGCCGAUUUGACAGAGCUCGGCAGGACUCCGGUCACCGUUAUCUCUAGUGGCUGCAAGAGCUUCCUCGACAUACCACGGACGAUAGAGUAUCUUGAGACCGAAGGCGUAGGUGUAGGCACCUUCGCCGAUGGACGACAAGGCAAUGUAGACUUCCCUGCCUUCUGGUCGAGGGACAGUGGAGUCAAGAGUCCCACGACCAUUGCGGAUGAGAUCGAGGCGGCUGCUGUCAUAUAUGCGCAACACGCACUCCAAAUCUCAUCUGGUCUCCUCUUCGCCAACCCCGUUCCUAUCGAUUUCGCUAUACCCAAGGAUGAAAUGGAUGUGAUCAUCGCCGAAGCUCUGAAACAAGCUGAAGCAGCCAACAUUUCCGGCAAAGACAACACACCCUUUGUGCUUGCUAAGAUCAAGGAGCUCAGCAAGGGCAAGAGUAUACCCGCCAACAGGGCCCUUAUAGAAUCGAACGUGAGACGGGCCACCAUCGUAGCACGAGAGCUUGCCAUACUUGAAGCAAAGCAGGAAGAAGCCCAAGGUGCCGUUGGCGACGACCUGAGCGGCCGCGCAGCCCUCAGCCAGCUGCAAUCGGAAGGCAUGCCGAUAACCGGUAUCAAAACCCUCCCAGCCCCAUCCCGGACAGCCCAAUACGUCGCCAUCAACAACACGAACAAAGACCUUGCCCUCGCCAUGGCAGACAUGUCAAUCUUAGAAACCAUCCCCAUCGAUACAAUCCAAGAACUCGCGGCCAGCAUCUUCACCACCACCUCUCCCCGCCCCAAAGCCUUCGUCACAGACGCAAAUUGGUCGUCACCCGCUCUACACACCUGGCUCCAAGCCGCCCGUCACCCCGAUACAACCACGAUCUUCGAGCCUGUCUCCACGGCAAAGGCGCUGCGUAUAUUCCCUUCCACCUCCACCACCACGGCCGCACAAUCCAUCUACCCCACCCCCCUCGUCGACAUCAUAACACCAAACACGUACGAACUCACCGCUCUCCACGAUUUCGCCGCCCAAUCCUCCCACUUUGAAUCCCCAGAAUGGUUCGGUGUGAUAGACGCCCUGGGUAUACCCAACGGCGGCUUACGCGUCCCGCUAGCCGUCACCGUAGGAAGCGAACUAGUCGACCAAGGCAUCCCCCAACAAACCAUCAAACUCUUGCCUUUCUUCCCUACUAUCCUGACGAAAUUGGGGAGCAAGGGCGUGUUGAUGACGAAAUUGCUCACGAGCGAUGCGGAGGAGUUGUAUGAUGAGGGGGAGAGGGGGUAUGUGCUUGCUAGGAACCUUUCGUCGAUGGAUUCGGCUGGUGGAGAUGGGAUGGGGAAGGGCAAGGGCGUUGGGGGUCUUUACGUUAGACUGUUUCCGGUGGAGAAGGUGCUACAGCCCAGUGAGGUGGUUAGUGUGAAUGGGAUUGGCGAUACGUUUUGUGGGGCGGUGGCGCAUGGCUUGGGCAGGGGGAUGAGGGUUAAGGAUGUUGUCGCGUUUGCGCAGAGGGCGGCGGGGGAGAGUUUGAGGAGUAGGGAGGCGGUGGGGGAGGGGUUGAGGGGGCUGAGGCUGUAG